GCUGGAGCGGAGCGCGCGGUCUGCGCGGCGGCCACUGGAGAGCGGGCGGCCGGCGGGCGGCGGCGGCGGCGGAUGGGGACGCUGAGCCGGGCGGCUGUGGCGGCUGUGGCGGCGGCGGGGAAGCAGCUGACGGGCCGGCGGCGGCGGCGGCGCUGGCGGCGGUGACGGGCCCAGUCCCCGGCGGCGGCGGCGGCGACGCGCUGGCGGGCUGCGGGCGGGCGUCGUGAGGCGCGGCGGAGCGGCCGGGCAGCGAGAGGGCGCCGCGCGGGCCGCCCCGUGCUCAGUGCUCGCGGGCCGCCAGGCCCCCCUCCAGCCGGGGCCGUGGAGCACCGGGGCAAAGGCCGGGGCCCCCCCAUGAAGGAGCGCGACGCGGGCCCGGCCGAGCGGGGCAAGCCGGCCACCUACACCGGGGACAAGAAGGCGAAGAUGGCGGCCAAGACCAACAAGAAGUGGGUCCGGCUCGCCACCGUGUUCGCCUACGUGCUCUCCGUGUCCCUGGCCGCCAUCGUGCUCGCCGUCUACUACAGCCUCAUCUGGCAGCCGGUGGGCGCGGGCACGUCGGCGGGACUCGCAGGCCCGCCCCCCGGCGGCGCCUCCAACGCCACCGGCCCGUCCGGGACUUCGGGGGCGGCGGCGGCCGAGUCCAACGCCACGGGGUCGUCCCGCCGCGAGGCGCCGCGCGACGCGCCCCCGCUGCAGGCGGCGCGGCCGGCGCCCCCCGAGCCCCCCGCCGACGGACCCCCGGCCGGGCCUCUGGAGCGGCCGCGCGGCGCCGAGGAGGACGCGGACGGAGCGGCGGCGGCGGCGGCCGGGAGUCGCUGAAGCCCCCCCAACCCCACCCCCUGCUCCCCAUCUCCACCGCGAGCCCGGAGGCAGGACUUGGCUGCGGGACGGGGCGGGGGGGGGCCCGCGGGAGUGAUCGCCACCCCCCGCGCCCCCAUCACCACCACCCACCGACGGUCGCCAGCUCGCCCCGGGGGGCGAGUAGCCUGCAGCCCGGAUCGCCAGCCGAGGGACCACGAUGCGCCGGGGCUUUGGGUCUUCCCAGGACCGUGCUGCGCCGCGGGGGGAGGCUGGCCCUGAGCCGCGGGGAGGGGAGGAGGCGCGGGAGACCCCCCCGGCUCUGCUCGCUCUGGUGUAUCCAACGUGGAGGGGUGACUCGGGCUUCCCCACCCCAACCCCGACCCCGGUCCCCCACCCCCUCCGAGACUCAGGGGAACGAGCUGUAGGGGCUUUUCCGUGUGAAGCCGAAGCUCUCUUGCUAGGAGGGCACCAAAAGUAGUGGAGCUCAGGUACGUCCACCUAGUUGCAGUGGCAACAGAUGCAUUUAAUUUAUAGGUCCCUGUAUAUAGUUGUUGACAUAUGCACUCUAUAGAAGCUAAAAUUACCUAGAACUAUAUGUAUCCUACCACACCCUGGGUAGCUAGUGACUGAUGGGGUCAGGUGAGGGCUAUUUGCUGGCCCCCAAAGUGCAGCUAGCCAGAAGGGCACAAAUACUUUUUUUCCCCACCCCCCACCCUCACUUCUUUUCCUAAUCCCACUCCUAUGACAGAGGAGAUAGGGUUGUAGCCCAGAAAAGUAGACAUGUCGGAAGGACCUUAGGAGAGUGUAGAAGCCAUUGAGGGCAGGGGAUGUGCUGAUGGUGCCUGUCCCCACCAGAGAACCCCACCCCCCACACUCAGUAAGGCUUCUUGGGGUGCCUGGCUGUGGGCCAGGAAAGAAGGGAGAGCCAGGGCGUCUGUGCUUUGAGCUUGGGCCUUCUCUGGGUUCUGGGAAGAGUGAGCUUUUGUAAGUAGAGUGACUUUGCAAGUGGUGGUUUAUUUAUUUAUUUUUAACUCUUCCCCGACCCCCCCACCCCCCCAGAUCUCUCAUUCCUGCAAUCACCUUGCAGUCCUGCCCGCUCUCUUGUCAUUCCCUUGUCCUGUAGUGACAGUGGAGGCGUGCAGUUGGGAUGAAAUGUGUUGUGAAGCUUUGGGCACAUUUUCAGCAGUGCUGGUUUUGUAUAACUGGGUUUGUAUAAUACCACUAGUUUUGAGUUGUACUAUAGGAGAGGCAGAAAGGUGGUCUUCAAACUCAGGAUUGGCCAGUUAAUCAGCCAGCCCUGGGAAGGUUGGACUGGCGGGGCUUUCCCUCUCCUGACAGACCCGACUGAUCUGCCUCUACUUUUAUUGAGGUAGAAGGUGACAUGAAUAGCUGUGGGGGGGUGGGGGAUCAAGAAUUACACCUCCUGAAUUUGGAUUCCGUUUCCUUCUGCCACUUGCUUUUAGACAGUUGAAUGUGGGUAGUGACAAGGUAUCAACCCCUUACUGUUUCCUUUUUGGGAAAUGAGGCACUUUAAGAGAGACAGUGGAUCCACCUGAGUCCUGAAAGGUUUUCUCUUCCAUGGUCUGGCCUAGGCUCAGUCUGUUAGCCUCCAUCCCAGUUAAUGGGGCAACAGCCUUGCUUUUAAGCUUGCCCCAUUGUGACCAAGAUCAUAGCAGCUGAGCUGUCAGGGCCCAGGAGCCACCCGGUAGCACCCCCAAGGCGUCUUGGCUUCAGAUUUCUGAGCUGCUGACUUGACUUUGGACAUUAGAAAGCCUUUGAGGCCUUUUUAAAAUUUUGGUGGGGGCUUAGGGAAAGAAACAAAAUGACACUUUAUAACUUCAAUAAUAAUCUGUAAUUUAUAUUUAUUGUGUGGAUUUUUAGUCCUAUAUUUUAAUAAUUUGUACAUUGUUCUCUUAUUCCAAGAAUCCUUUGAACUUGCAGGAGAACAUCUGGGAGGCUAAUCCCCUCUACCCCUGCUGACCCCUGCAUUGUGGACUGUAAAUCCAGUUUGGGACCGAUCAAAGAGUCUAGAGGGACUUCCCGGAGGGCCGGCUGCGGCCUCCCGACUCUAAAGCCUUCACUGGAAUUGGACAAGUAGCUCCAGCUCUAGCUGUGAACAUGACCAGAGACAUUAUUUCUAACUCAGCCAUUUAAGAUAUACCUGUACUCAAAAAGUCCUGUAUAUUUUUUAAAAGUUUUAUUUUUCAGGUGAACAAAAAUACAUUCUAAGAACUCUACAUAAGCCUGUGUAAGUUGAGCCUUUUUUCUUUUCAUAUUUCUUGGGGGAAGGAGAAGAAAUUGGAAGAAGAAAUAGGCUGAGAUGAGGUGGUGGAUGGGUGGUGGUAGAUGAAUAGGUGGAGGAGGAGAAAGCCAAUGCCCUGAUGCUCCCUGUGCCCGAAGACUUGACUGAAUGGAGUGAAAGGCGGCAGGAAUCCACCCUAGCUGGAAAGCAAGCACGGGGCCCAGCUAACGGAUCCCCAGCGGAGCCACCUUUUGCCAGCCUUACGGAGGUUGAAAAGUUCUGCUUUUAAAGGAGUCUGAGCAGAUGCUUCCCUGAGGCAACUAAGGUGCAGUGCACGGGCUGGUGCGGCCAGGCUGGCAGAGAGCCGCGGGAGAACAGUCUCCUGACAGCUUCUCUUCUCACCUUUAAACCUCCGGCCCCUAGAUAGCUCCUGAAGUGCUAACACCGAGAAAGACACCAGGGCCUCAGUGGUGGUGACUGGUCAGUUUUGUCUACAGAGGAGGAAGUGAGAGAGCCAAGGGCUGAGAGAGGUGUAGGAGGCGCAGGUUGCUUCAAAGGUGAGGCUUUUUCUCCCCCCCUAUAGCAAACAAUAAGGCAUGUGGGUUGAAAGGCUCAAGGAGAAGGGAUUAGUUAGACUGCAAAAUACAUGGCAAGCAAUUGAGCGCCCCUCAUUAUGAGACAAUGCUGACCCAGAACACAGCCAUGCUACACGUCAGUGUCGGUAGAGCCCCCUGAGGCUUGCACUUCUCCAGAGCUGUUGGGGGGAGCCACUGUGCUUUUACAUCACCUUGUAGUCUGCAGGGAAGCUGGGGAAAAGACCGCCCUUCUUUUAUUUCCCUCUCCAGCCCACACAAUGGCUUCCUGUAACGCAGAGCAGAAGGGGAGUGCAAGAUUUUUCUGCAGUUCUUCAAGGCAGCCCCUCCUUUCUGUAGACUGUGGCAUGUGGUUUCUGCAGUUCCACAUGGCUCCACGCACGCGCUGGGCACAGACAGGGCGUGUGCGACGAGCAGGCACCGCUUAGGGCCUGUUGCUGGGCAGCUGUGGUCCAGAGAGCUUGUUUUCAUGGGUUAGAAAAGAGCUUCAAGACUGUCCAUGAGGGGCUGGAGCGAUAGUACAGUGGGGAGGGCAUUUACAUUGCAUGUGGCUGACCUGGGUUUGAUCCCCAGCAUCCCAUAUGGCACCCUGAGCACCACCAGGUGAUUCCUGCGUGCAGAGCCAGAGGUAACCCUUGAGCAUUGGGUGUGAGCCAAAAAGGAAAAGUAAGAGACUAUCCCUGACUCCAGGAGCCUCCCUAGGUGUGUGCUUACAUUAGAGGGUAUCGUGUGUGUUCACUGCAACAGCCUCGAUUCAUUUGGCGUUGUUUUUGCAGUGCUGAAAAUUGAACUCAUGACCUCAGACAUGUGUUUUACCAUUGAGCCAUAGACCAGGCCAACAGCCUGAACUUGAAGGAAGAGAUAAGCUCUUAACAGUGAUUUGUAGUAGUUGUAGUAGUAGUAAUAGUAGUAGUAGUUGUAGUAGUAGUAGUAGUUGGUUUUAGGGCCAUACCUGGUAGUGCUUAGGGCUUACUCCUGGCUUUGUGCUCAGGAAUCACUCCUGAUAGUGCUCAGGGGAUCAUACAUGGUGCCGGGGAUUGAACCUGAGUUAGCCACAUGCAAGGCAAGUGCCUUCCCCACUGCACUAUCUCUCUGGCCCAGUAGUAACUGCAUUUAGCACAUGAGGGGUCAGGGAGUUUGCUAAGCCACUGAGACCUGACACUGUGGGUAUCAUUUUCCCUCUGAUGCUGAGAAUUCGAGUAUUUCUCUGAAGUUUUAAGGAAAGAUUUUUCUUCCUAACAGCUUUUUGAAAGCUUUUUUAAUCUACCUUGUUUUUGAGCUUUCGCUGGGGAAUUCUAAGAUAAUGUGUUUUUUGGUUGAGUAUUUAUAUCCUGUUUUGAAAUGCUGAGUGGAGACAUCUACUUGUUCCUACAUGUCUCUUUAAGGGGAACUGAAAGCUCAGGUCCUGAGCUUUAGGGCUCCCAUUGCUAUUUAAAAGGGGGCAUAAUUGUCUUCCUGUCUGCAGAGAAUGGAGGUAUUUCUGGAAGUGUGGUACAGUGACAAAAGGACCACAGCUGUAGUUUUGUUGUUUGUGUGGUUUUUUUUUCUUUGUUUUUUUCCUUAUUCUUUUUGUCUCCCUGGGUGGAGGAAGGAACUGCAUGGCUUUGCUCUGUUCACAGGCGCGUUCACGGGCGCGUGCUCAGGCCAGCAGCUAACAGAGCAGUAGGUGCUCUGAGUUGGUUGACUGCUCGCUUGAGCCCUGUGUUGAAUAAAACUAGUCCCGAAGUCA